GUCGCCGGCAGAGCCUCACACUUUCUCCUGAUUUUUAAACUUUCGGGUCGGGGGAGCAGGAAUAAAGCCGUUGUGCCGAGGCAGAGAAGGGGUGCGUGCCUGCAGCGGCUGCGUGCUUGCAGACUUCCCGCCAGCGCCGAGCGGCCGGCCUUUCGGGCCAAGUGGGGAGCAGGCAGGCGGGCGGGCAGGUGGCCCCGGGCCGCCGCGCCCGCGCCUUGGCUCUGCCCCCGGGAGCCGAGCGAGCCGCUGUUCCCUCGUGGUCUGAGGGCGGUGAUGUUUUUCCUCCCACCCACUUUUGAAUCCCCCCCUCCCCCUCGCGCGCACUCUAGCUCUCGCCACAACCUGCGAGCCCCAGACCUUAGAGGAGCGCCCCAGGGAGCUCGGAGCGCGUGCACGCGUGGCAGACGGAGGAGGCCAGUGCCCAGCUUGAGUACAUCGGGCCUUGAAGGUUUUCAGUUGCCUUUUGCAGUGGCCCACAUGAGAAAAAAGUGGAAAAUGGGAGGCAUGAAAUACACUUUUUCCUUGUUGUUCUUUCUUUUCCUAGAAGGAAGCAAAACAGAGCAAGUAAAACACUCAGAGACAUAUUGUUUGUUUCAAGACAAGAAGUACAGAGUGGGUGAGAGAUGGCAUCCUUACCUGGAACCUUAUGGGUUGGUUUACUGCGUGAACUGCAUCUGCUCAGAGAACGGGAAUGUGCUUUGCAGCCGAGUCAGAUGUCCAAACCUUCAUUGUCUCUCUCCCGUGCAUAUUCCUCAUCUGUGCUGUCCUCGCUGUCCAGAAGACUCCUUACCCCCAGUGAACAAUAAGGUGAUGAGCAAGUCGUGUGAGUACAAUGGGACCACUUACCAACACGGAGAGCUUUUUGUGGCUGAAGGGCUUUUUCAGAACCGGCAACCCAAUCAGUGUACCCAAUGCAGUUGUUCGGAGGGAAAUGUGUAUUGUGGUCUCAAGACUUGCCCCAAGUUAACCUGUGCAUUCCCAGUCUCCGUUCCAGAUUCCUGUUGCCGGGUGUGCAGAGGGGAUGGAGAACUGUCAUGGGAACAUUCUGAUGGUGAUAUCUUCCGGCAACCUGCCAACAGAGAAGCAAGACAUUCUUACCAUCGCUCUCACUAUGAUCCUCCCCCAAGCCGACAGGCUGGAGGUCUGCCCCGCUUUCCUGGGGCCAGAAGUCACCGGGGAGCUCUUAUGGAUUCCCAGCAAGCAUCGGGGACCAUUGUGCAAAUUGUCAUUAAUAACAAACACAAGCAUGGACAAGUGUGUGUUUCCAAUGGAAAGACCUAUUCCCAUGGCGAGUCCUGGCACCCAAAUCUCCGGGCAUUUGGCAUUGUGGAGUGUGUGUUGUGCACUUGUAAUGUCACCAAGCAAGAGUGUAAGAAAAUCCACUGCCCCAAUCGAUACCCAUGCAAAUAUCCUCAAAAAAUAGAUGGAAAGUGCUGCAAGGUGUGUCCAGGUAAAAAGGCAAAAGAAGAACUUCCAGGCCAAAGCUUUGACAACAAAGGCUACUUUUGCGGAGAAGAAACAAUGCCUGUGUAUGAGUCUGUGUUCAUGGAGGAUGGAGAAACUACCAGAAAAAUAGCACUGGAGACUGAGAGACCACCUCAGGUAGAGGUCCAUGUAUGGACCAUUCGAAAGGGCAUUCUUCAGCACUUUCAUAUUGAGAAGAUCUCCAAGAGGAUGUUUGAGGAGCUUCAUCACUUCAAGCUGGUGACCAGGACAACCCUGAGCCAGUGGAAGAUAUUCACCGAAGGAGAAGCUCAAAUCAGCCAGAUGUGUUCAAGUCGUGUGUGCAGAACAGAGCUUGAAGAUUUGGUCAAGGUUUUGUACCUGGAGAGAUCUGAAAAGGGCCACUGUUAAGUGAGACAGACAGUACUGGAUAGGGUAAAGCAAAAAAAAAAAAAAAAAUUCAAGCUGCAGCUGGACUGCAGGCUUAGUUUGCUUAAGUCAAUAGUGCCCUAAAACCCCAAACUCAAAUGCAGUCAGUUAUUCAUGCCAUGCACAGCAUAACUUGCUCAUUUAUGGGGAGUGGUGUGUCAGCCCUUGAGCAUCUCCUCCAAAAAGAGUAGAAGAGUCUUGAAUUCUUUGCAGGAGGGAGAUGGAUAGAACCCCAUAACACUGCUCUCUAGUUUCUUGGAGAAUCACAUUUCUUUACAGGUUAAAGACAAACAAAACCCUAGGGUUUCUAUUUAGAAAGUUAUUCAAACAAAAGAAAGAGAAGGGAAUUGCUUAGUAGGAGUUCUGGAAUAUAGAACAAUUAUUUGUAUGAAAUUAUACUCUUUGGAUUUUAGAAUGUCUUGUGUUUUAGAAAACAAUUGACUCCCCAUCCUCAUACACGCACCUACACAUGCACAACCACAUGCGCAUUAAACUACAGCCUCCAUUCUGAGGCAGAGCUUGCUGAGACCCUACUGCACUUUCCCUCUCUUGGCUCCCAAGUAAGUAGCUUGGAGGGUGUUGGUGCCCCAGAGAAUAGAUAAAGAAUGUGAGUAGAGGCUCUUCCCUUAGGUCUCUAAUGUAGCUAUUGACAUCACCAACUGGAGUGGUAAGGUGAAGAGUAAGAACAUCAUUUAAUGGCUUUAUUCACUUAUAAAUAUUCACUGAUAAUAACUUAUCCCUGAUGAUACCAAUUCUCUUUUCUCCCUAAACCUGUUGGGCCUCCAGAAAGAAGUGAGAAUUAAGUAAAAUCUUCAGAAACUGAAUCCAGAAAGACAAAGUAAGUGUUGAAAAAAAGAGUUGAUAGAGGUAAAAAAAAAAAAAAGGCCAUCUUUUUGUUUUCCCAUCAAAAAAAAUUCAUCAAUUAAUAGAUCAAUACUCACAAAUUUUCUUAAGGCCACAGUUGUCUAGCCAGAAAAGUAAGGUUAAAUGAUUCAAUUGUGGAAGCUCCUUAAAAGGGCAUUUUUCCUUCUUCUCCACUUAUAGGAGUGUCUCAGUCCUCACUAGCUUCUGCAGUGUGUUAAGAAAGUGAUUCUUCUUCUUAGGGAGCUAGGAAGUCUGAUAAAUAUCUUUCCGAAACCUUUCUACCAUCCUUGCCGUGUCCAUCGAACGUGAAUUUUAAUCAAGGAUUCUGGAGAAGGCUGCUCCUAAAAUGUCUACUUGCAGCCCAAUAGCAGAGCAUAAAUGAUCUAUUCUGAGGUCUGGCUUUAGACAUCAUCUUUGUGGGAAACUUCACAGCAAAGACAUCAAGUCUAUCUUCUAGAUUUGUCGUUCCUUCUGAGGGACAUGAAUGAACUCUAGUAAGUACUUAGAGGUAUUAAGGACCCAGAAAUCCCAUAUUUCCUGCUCCAGGACCAUAAGUGAGAGAACUUUUUAUUCCUUAGAGUGUUUGACACCAAUAGGGAAAAAUGUAAAAGGUCCAGUCUUUAUGGCAACCUGGUGUAAAGGAGUUGGUUCUCAUAAAAGCACACACGGGCCUUGUGGUCAGGAUUUCAUAAGCUAGGCCACUCACCAGGCCACCACACACAGUCUAGGAAGAGGGAGAUAGGACAUGCUGGGCAGAGCGUUAUUGUGUGUGCAAAGGGGGAGGGUUAAGCAGCUGCUGCCUGCCUCCCAGAGGUGGCAGUAUUUCCAUGAUGUGGAGACCCAUAACUGGACUCUGAAGCAAGGCAGUGAUUCCCCUUCUUGAUGAUUCACCCCAAAGCCUUCCCACCCAGGUGUUCUCUGAAAGCUCAGCCUUAAGGGAACACCCAGAGAGCUUCCCUAGAUAGACUCCUGCCCUAGGGUGCUGGGACACACCUUUCCAAAGUACUGCAGGAAGCAGGAGCCAGGGAGCUGUGUUCAGUCAGCAUAAAAACCUUCCAGUGUUUGGUGUGUAGGGAGUAGGACAUAGGGAAAAGAGGCCAAGCUGCCUGUAGUUAGUAGAGAAGAAUGGACGUGGUUCUUCUUGUGUAUUUAUUUGUAUCAUAAACACUUGGAACAACAAAAACCAUAAGCACCAUUUAGCAGUUGUAGCCAUCUUCUAGUUAACUCAUGUAAACAAGUAAGAGUAACCUAACAGUAUUACCCUUUCACUCUUCUCACAGGACAUGUACCUCAAUAUGGUACUUAUUUAUGUAGUCACUGUAUUUCUGGAUUUUUAAAUUAAUAAAAAAGUUAAUUUUGAAAAAUCA